AUGACUCCACCUCAGAAGUUGGAGUCACUGGCAUGUGGUGCAAAAACUAGGGCUUUGGAGAAUGCAGUGUGGAAGCAGGACAAAUGCAAGCAUCAGACAUCGCCAGCUGAGCAAGGCAUGAAGAAGAGAGCUCCCAGUACCAAAGUAUCCAAAACACCUCAUAAACAGAGUCUGGUGCAGAAACCUUUGACACUGAAGCAUCAGUGCAUUGAAUCUGAGUCAGAGGCCAGUGAACAUGAUAGCUUUAGUGAAGGAGAUAAGAAAGUGUCCCAUUAUCGGUGCCCUACCAAACUUCAUCGCACUUUUGCCAUGCAAGAUGUGAAUGUCAUGUUACCAAUCUCAGAGAAUGAGCAGAGUGAUGUUGGCUCAGAUGAUGCUCAGUGCAAUGUCCAUGAUGCAGGUGCUGACAGUGACAGUGAUGCUGAUGCAGCAGGUCUUGGCAAUGACUCAGAAGAUGAUGAUUUAGAUGCGGCUGUGAGGAUGCUUUCAGAUGAGACUCUGACCUGGGGCGAUGUCAAUGACACCAUUUCAGAGUCCACUGAAAGUACCACUACUGGUGGUGAAUUGUCAAUUUCCUCUGACUUGAACAAAGAUACUGCAAAACUUGUCCAAACCCCUGCAAAAAAAAGUGUUGCCUCACUUGUUCAAACCAAGAAAGGCAAAGUCAAACUUCUCAAUCAGAAUCUACAGACUCACCAGGUCAUUCAAGCCACUAUCUCUGAAGCCAAGUGCCAUGUGAUGUUUGUCCAUGGGUACCCAGAAUUAGUCAAAAAGAACCAGCUCUCAAUGUGA